AUGUUAGGUAACAGUAUCGAAGUUGAGCUUGCUGAUAUGCGCGCCCUCGGUAGUUAUUGGCAAGCCUUUCAGAAAAUGGCCAAGGUCUCUCGAGAGUACACGGCAGAAAGACAAAAGGGAGAAGGUAGAAAGGUAUAUGCGGCUCGUGUGUUGUACGAUAUUGAUGGCGGAGAGAGAUUAUUGGAACCCGGUUGGCUGGUUAUUGUCGAGGUUCAGGAUAACGAAAGGCUGCUUGUAGAUAAUCUGCCGAGUUCAAGUUAA